ACCAGUCCACAGUCAACAGUUUCCUCCGGGUGAUCACAGAGCAAGCACAAGCACCUCUUUAAAAACAAACCAAAAACCUCUUUCAGUAUGAAGAACGCCGUUGCCAUUCUGCUGUGCGCCCUGCUGGGUCUGACCUCCGCCGCCGAGUACAAGCUCCGCACCGCCGAGGAUCUGCAGAAUGUGCGCAAGGAGUGCGGCGCCGCCAGCAAGGUGACCGAGGCCCUGAUCGCCAAGUACAAGACCUUCGACUAUCCCGAGGAUGAGAUCACCCGCAACUACAUCCAGUGCAUCUUCGUCAAAUUCGACCUGUUCGAUGAGACCAAGGGCUUCAAGGUGGACAACCUGGUGGCGCAGCUGGGCCAGGGCAAGGAGGAUAAGGCCGCGCUGAAGGCCGACAUCGAGAAGUGCGCCGACAAGAACGAGCAGAAGUCGCCCGCCAACACCUGGGCCUACCGCGGAUUCAAGUGCUUCCUGGGCAAGAACCUGCCUUUGGUGCAGGCCGCCGUCCAGAAGAACUAGGAUCCAGGGUCAAUUUUAGAAGCGCUAGAACAAAAACCGCCAUCGAACGAGACGGGUAUUUCAUCGAGUCGAAAUCCGCUCAGGCUCGGCAAUCCUACAAUUGAAAUAAAAACCAUAUAAUAGUGCUUGAA